CAGGUAAUGUUGAAGAAAAACAAGGUGCCGCUGUCCAGGAGAGUAGAAAUCCUGUCUCUGUUUCAAAGAUACACAGAAGGCCUCUCCACUUUACCUGCGAGCGCUCUGCUGAUGUUCCUGUGUAAGGAACAAAUGGAGCUCACAGCGAACAAAGACACGGCGGAGGAUCUGAUCGACAGAUACGAGAUUGAGGAGACAGCUGUAGAAAGCAGGUGCAUGACGUUCGAAGGCUUCCUCAGAUUUAUGGAGUCCAAAGACUGCUGCGUGUUCAACCGGAGUCACAAGACGGUAUACCAGGACAUGGACCAGCCUCUCACCAGCUAUUUCAUCUCCACGUCUCACAACACCUACCUGACCGGAGACCAGCUGGUCGGGAAGAGCCACCUGGAUGCGUACGUUAGCGCGCUGAGGAAAGGCUGCCGCUGUCUGGAGAUCGACUGCUGGGAUGGUCCAGACACGGAGCCUGUAGUUUACCACGGCUACACCCUCACCACCAAGAUUUUAUUCAAGGAUGUCAUCAGAACUGUGGAACAACACGCCUUCGAGGUCUCCGCCUACCCGGUGAUUCUGUCUCUGGAAAACCACUGCUGCGAGGCGCAGCAGCAAGUCAUGGCCAAGUACCUGACUUCCAUCCUGGGGGACAAGCUGCUGAAGAGUCCUCUGGAUCACCCGACCACCGGAGACCUCCCAAGCCCAAAUGACUUGAUGUAUAAGAUCCUAAUCAAGAACAAAAAGCUAAAGUCACAGAUUAGGAGAGAGGACAAGACAGAGGAGAGUGCAGAUGAGGGCGAGGAUGCUGAUGCUGAUGAUGAGGAUGAGGAUGAGGAGGAUGAUGAGUACAGCAUUCAAUUCAGAGCAAUGUUCUGGUCUCCAAGAAAAAUGGGUUCAAAGAAUAAACAUUGCCACUCUGUGAAGUUUAACCUUGUCUCACUUAACGGCACUGACCAGAAGGAGAAGGUGGCCCUUCACAAGGAUUUAUCGGACCUGGUGAUUUACACGCGGUCUGUGAAGUUCAUCAGCUUUUGCCACUCCAGGGACAAUCAGAACUGCUAUGAGAACACAUCCAUGGCAGAAAAGAAGGCGCGCAAGCUCAUGAAGUCCUCAGGCUCCAGUUUCAUUCACCACAAUCAAAGGUUCCUAAGCAGAAUUUAUCCAGCAGGCUCGAGAACGUCCUCGUCCAACUACAACCCGCAGGAGUUCUGGAACGUCGGCGCGCAGCUCGGCUCCUGUCACUCCGUCUGUCGUUGCACUUCCUCCUCGUCCGUCUCCAUCGCUCAUUCAGUGGCUCUGAAUUUCCAGUCUCCAGGCCUGUCCAUGGACCUCAACAACGGCCGUUUCCAAGACAACGGCGGCUGCGGGUACGUCCUGAAGCCAGCGGUGCUGAUGUCCAGAGAGAGGAACUUUGAUCCCAACACCAGCUACCGCUACCUCAAACCCAUACAGCUGGUGCUCAAGGUGAUAAGUGGGUCCAACCUUCCAGUCAUCAAGUCUCGAAACACUUUGGACCCAUUUGUUCGAGUGGAGAUUCAUGGGAUUGCAUUCGACUCCCGCAGUAAAAGCACUCACAUUGUCAAAAACAAUUCUCUGACUCCUCACUGGGACACCGACAUGAACUUUAGCAUCACCGUCCCUGAGCUCUGCCUCGUCCGCUUCUGCGUGCGUGACCAGAUGACCCUCUUCAAGAGCGAGUUUGUGGGCCAGUACACGUUGCCCUUCACCAGUUUGAAGAAAGGCUACCGCUGGGUGCCUCUCCUGUCCCGACAAGGAUGCAGUCUGGAUCCGGCUUCCCUCUUCGUGUUGGUUUUGUAUUAGUAUCAAUCCAAGAUGGACUCUCUCUCACACAGUUUAGAUACAAAGAUGGAUGGAUUAUCUAGCACCCAAUAAGAACAACAAAAUAUCAAUAAUUAAGUUACACAAUGCAUGAUUUUCUG